UCCUCCCUAUAAAUACACAUCAAGUCCACGCCUAUUCUAACUGCUCACAUCCUCAAACUGAGCGAAAAGCCAAGGAUUGAAGAAAAACAAUUCAAAAAUAGCGACAUUUUAGGUUGUGCUCGAAAUUGGAAAAAAUGCAGAAAGAACAGGACAAAGAGUAUUUAGAUUCGUUGACGUGUCCAAGCUUCAACUGCUACUCGACCGAUCAACUCGCUGGUAUCGCUCAAAACAGAACUCAAAACGACGACCCCGAUUUCGAGUUCGCCGCUUUUCGAGACGAAGCCUUCUCCGGCGACGACGCCAUUUUUCCUCUCUUCAACAGCGAAGUUGCGAGGGACCGCCGGAACAGAGUCUCCGGCGGCCGCGAUUCCGGCGCGGCGGUGCUCCGGUUUCCAAUCACCGGCGAGGAGCUUCGCCGGAGCGAGCACGAUCCGCUACCGGCGCCGUCCUCGGAGUCGUCGUCGGAGGCGGAUGAAUUGGAGAGGGUUCCGGCGGGGACGUACUGCGUUUGGAGACCGAAUUCGCCGCAGGCUUCACCAGGAAAGUGCAAGAAGAGCAAUUCGACAGGAUCGUCGUCGUCGAAGAAGUGGAAGCUUCUGGAUUUGCUUUACCGGAGCAACAGCGAGGGGAAGGAGUCGUUCGUGUUUCUGACGCCGGCGCCGGCGCCGGAGAAGAAAAGGGCAAACCAGCGGUGGAGCAUUGAAGUCGCCGAAAAAUCGAAGGGGAAAGGUUUCUCCGGCAAGAAGAAGGCGCCGGUGUCGGUGCACGAGGCUUUGUAUCUUAGGAACAGAGAAUUGAGAAUGGUUGAUAAGAAAAAGUCGUUUUUGCCCUAUAAGCCUGGCUUGGUUGGGUUCUGCACCAGUCGUUUGGGCAAGGCAUUUCCUUCAUUCUGAGGACUUUGCUAAAUGAAUUUCCUUUCAAAUUUUCCCUAUAGUUAUUUAAAAAAAAAAAAUCAAGAAAAAGAUUGGAGAAGGUGUUAGAUUUGAUUAAGUAUUUUGUUCUUUCUUUGAUUUUUUUUAAAAUUUUUCUUCUGAGUUCACUCUGUAUUGAACUUAGUAAAAUGUAUUUAACAUCCUAGAUAAUCAUGUUUCAUGUAAAAAGAAUGAAAUUAUCGGUAAA